AUGCCUUCUUUCACCUCCAAGACUCUUCUCGCCGCCGUUGCCGGUGCCAUGGGCGUUGCUGCCCAUGGUCACGUUUCCUCUAUCAACGUUGCUGGCACCGUCUACGACGGCUACGACGCUAGCUCUGCUCCCUACGACCAGACCCCAAAGACCCUCAUCGCCUGGUCCACCACCGCUUCCGAUAACGGUUUCGUCGCCCCUGAUGCCUUCGGCACCGGCGACAUCAUCUGCCACCGCGAUGCUAAGAAUGCCAAGGGCCACGCCAAGGUCAAGGCCGGUGACCAGAUCUACAUCAAGUGGGAUACCUGGCCCGAGAGCCACAAGGGACCUGUCAUUGACAUGUUGGCCUCUUGCGGUUCUGCCGGCUGUGAGUCCGUCGACAAGGAGACCCUCAAGUUCUUCAAGAUCGACGAGGCUGGUCUUGUCAAGUCUGGUAACCCCGGUACUUAUGCCUCUGACGAGCUGAUUGCCAACGACAACGGCUGGCUCAUCGAGAUUCCCGAGAACAUCAAGCCCGGUUCUUACGUUCUUCGUCACGAGAUCAUUGCUCUCCACGCCGCUGGUCAGGAGAACGGUGCUCAGAACUACCCCCAGUGCUUCAACCUCGAGAUCUCUGGUUCCGGCUCUGAGCUCCCUGAGGGUACCCUCGGAACUGAGCUGUACAAGUCUACCGAGAAGGGUAUUGUCUUCGAUCUCUACAACAGCCCUACCAGCUACCCCAUCCCCGGCCCUGCUAUGACUAUCAAGGCCCCCAAGAUUACCCAGGGCAAGCUCGCUGAGAAGGCCAAGGGCACCCCCACCACUGGCUCUGGCUCCGGUUCCGACUCUGGUUCUGGCUCUGGCUCUGCCGCCCCUGAGACCCCCGCCCAGACUGAGGCUCCCGCCGCUGGUACCUCCGCUGCCGCUCCUGUUGCCACUUCCGCUGCCGCUGAGGAGCCCGCUGCCCCCGUCGAGACAUCCCCUGCUGCUCAAGAGCCUGCCACUCCUGUCCAGACUGAGGCUCCUGCUGCUACCAAGCCCGCCAAGACUGGCUGCAAGGCCAAGCGCGGCAUGAAGGCCCGCCGUCACGCUCGUGACCUCAUGAACUAA